AAUUUCUAUUUAAAAAUCUAAGUACAUUCUAUUUUAAUAGAAAUAAUUAAUUCAACAAAAAAGUUUAACUAAAUUUUUACAUUUGCGAAUAUUAAUAUUUAAACUAUUUACUUUUUAUUCAGAAAUGUAUGAUGAGAAGAUAGAAAUAUAAAAAAUCUUUAAUAGGAUGAAACCUUUUAAGGUUAAAAAAGUAGAUUAAAACAACCUAAUUCAUCUCUUAAAGCAUAUGAAGGUUUUGCAGAAUAUGGUUUUUAGUAAAGAUCAUACUUUUAAAGUAGACGAUAGUGUUAUCAUAAAAAUAGAUAUUCAGCAAGACGUUGAUUAAUCUAAAUUGUAGCUUGAUUGCAUAUUUAAAUCAAUUAUUGAGGAUAAUCCAAAGUCAGAAGUUGCUGAAAUUCAUAAAUAAUUAGGUACAGUCUUGCAAAAUAUUGUAAAAAAAAUGGAACAAAUUAAAAAGGAAGAAGAGGAAGAAAGGUUACGAAAAGAAGCGGAGGAAAAGAGGAAGUAAGAGGAAGAAGAAAAGAAGAAGAAGAAAGAGUAGGGAAUAGAAUCAGAAGAUGAAGAAGAAAAAGAUUAAGAAAAGGAAGAAGAAGAUUAAAAGAAUAAAAAGCCUAAUCCUAAAGAUUUAUUUAAAAGGCAAUUUGAUGAAAAAGAUCUGACAAUAGAGAAAGAAUAAGAAUAUAAUAUUGAAUUAGAAUAAAAGCUUUUAGAAAGUGUGGAAGCUAUGAAGUGGAUAGCAAAAGGAAUUUUAAUAGAUUUAGGAAAUGAUGAAAAAGUACGUGAGAGUGUUAGAAAUAAAUAAGAUGAUUAGAUCAACUAAGUUAAAGAUGGUAGUCAUAAGAUAGAUUAGUUCUUAUCCAAUAAAGAUUUAAGUUUACUUUAAUUAAUAUUUAUGCUUCUAAUUAGUAUUGGUUUGACUAUUUUUACAAUUGUUUUUAUUCAUAUUUGGUGAUUGGUGUGCUUUAGAUAAAAUCUGAAUUAAAUUUACCUUAUACUGCUUCGAUCAAUUAGCAAUUUUUUAUAAAAUAAUUUAUUCGUAUAUUUUCCAGCUUACUUUCAUUAUAAUUAGCUAAUUCUCUUAUAAAAAAUUUUGAACAAGUCCAAUUAUUGCUUAAUUUAACCAAGUAUUUAAUUAUGAAAUAUUUUAAUUAAUUAAAAAGUUUUUUAUAUAAAUUAAUCUGUCCAAAACAUGAGGGAAUUUUAAUCAUUGAUUAUAUAUAAUAUGUAAGAUAAAAAAUAAUUAAUUUUUUUAUUUUUGAAUAAUUU